AUGGGUGAUUGGCUCGCAAGUUUGGAUGCUCAGUGCAAAGCAGAAGGUAUCGAACAAGUAGAAGGAUCGGCAACAAAUGAAAAGGUUCUUCAUUUAUUUGGUGUUUCUCAUUUCAAUAAUAAUUAGUGUUUGUCCAGAUUGCAUGUUUGUCUGUCGCAACUCUUUGUAAAUACGCUUUCCGAGUGUUGUUUCGUUUUGUUUUAUACCAUUUUUCAUCGUUCAAUUAUUGUUUUUUUUCAGGAGCCAACAAAAGCAACUGAAACUUCGGGAAUGAAUGAAAUUGAUGAAAAGAAAGGUUUGUUCAUGGUCAAAAAAUUACAUUUUGAUGGUCAAAAACUUACAUUUUUCAUUCACAGAUGCUCCAAAAACCACAUUUGGUGGAUCAUUCGGCAGCUCGAAAACAGUUGGGGGUGGUUUUGGAAGUGCGAAACCAUUAAUGAAUCCUCCACCACAGACUUCAUUUGGUGCGACUUCUGCAAAUCGAAUUGGAACUGGUUAGUUUUUUGUGUCAGAAAGAUUUUUCUCUCCAAUUCAAACCGUAGUGUUUUUGUAUUCGUCUUUUCCCUAAUGUCUAUCCUUUCCUUUUCAGGCUCUGUCAGUCCAAAUUCUUCAAGUACACACGAUGGUCGUGGACCAGCAAUUGGAUCACCAGAUUUUGAAAAUGGAGGAGGUAACAUUAUAUCGGUUGGAGUUCAUAAACCCGCUCCUGCAUGCAAGCCUGUUGAUAAUGCUUCUUCCACUAAUAAUGCACGUGUUACUAGCACUUUAAAGGUUUCAAGAUUUGGAGAACUCGCGCAUGCUCAAAUUGGAAAUGAAAUUCGAGUUGGAAGUAGAAUACCUCGUGUUGGUGGUGGAUAUGGAACUCCGGAGAGUGUUACAACUAAGAAGAUAACACAUUUUAGUGAAACUCAAAAAGUUGUAAUUGGUGGAGGUUUCGGUUCUAAGAAUAGUACUGUCGGUGGAGGAUUUGGAACUCGAAAAACGAUUCCUGUAGUUGAAACAAAAGAACCAAUUAUUGAAAAUACAGUGAAGCCAGUAGAAGUAACAAAACCUGUUGAGAAAUCUAGAGUUAUUGGAGGAGGUUUCGGUGGUCGAAAUAAUGUUGUUCCAAGAACAGAAAAUAUUUCACCAGUCGUAAAUGAAUCGGUUUUGCCGGCCAAUAAUGAAACUUUUGUGAUACCUACGAAACAAGUCGAAAUUGUUUCUCAGCCAGAGAAAAUUGAAGAAAAAGUUGUUCCUCGAAUGAUUGGUGGUGGAUUUGGAAAGGUUACUAGCAACCCAGAAUUGAAAUGUUCAGGAGGCGGAUUUGGCGCGAAAAAACAAGUUAUAAGUUCUCAAGAGACCGAACAAACUAAACCUGUUGUUGAAGCGAAAAGGCCUGUUGGUGGAGGUUUUGGAACUCGAAGAAUGAACAACACUACAAUGACUGUACCACCAAGUCCAAUUCCAGACAGUAUUCCAAAUAGUCCGAGAUUUUCACAAGUAUCAACACCUCCGCCACAAGCAAGUCCGAUCGGAAAUCGAUUUAUGAACGAUAGAAGUGAAGAUCUGAACAAUAAAACGAAUUCAAAUCAGUUUGAUUUUUCAAAUUCGAAAGAAGCGUUCAAUCCUCCAACCCCUGUGGAAAAUCAGAAGUUUAGAUUUGGAAGUGGAGAUUCGUUCAGAAAAGAAAAUGUACCAUCAAUGGAGAGAAAAGAAAGUUUCAAUAAUUUGGGAAAUUUCAACAAAACAUUUACAAAGUUAUCAACUGCCGAAACCGAAAAAGAAAAUACAGGUUUGCAUGCUUUUUUGCUUGAUUUAUGUUUUUGCAUGGCUUUAAUUUCAGUUAAAAAUUUUUGUUUUCACCUCUAUCACUGUCAAAAAAACAUGAAAAUUGAAUAAAUUAUGUGAAAAAUUUAUUCAAUUUUUCCAACUCGUGAUAUUUAAAAAUAAUAAAGUUUCUUUCAAAAAUUUGUUUUCCAGGAAUGUUUGCUCCAGCUGCUCAGCCAUCAUUCCAACAAUUCAGGUAAAUAUUUAAAUAGUUAUCAAUAUCAAAUCUCAUAAAUUAAAUUUUUAGUGGUGGACGAGGAAGAGGAGGACCAAUUGAUUAUGCUGGUCAAGGACAACAACAUUGUAUGUUUAUCACUAUUUUUUAUUAUUUUCAAAUCGGUAGAUAAUAUUUUCGUUUAGCAAUGAAUCAAGUUGGCAGAGGACAAUUUGUAUCAAGAGGCCCCAAUCAAUCAUUCCAACAAAAUUCGGCUCGACCACCAUUUGCAAACAACAAUGGAAUUGCGAAUGGGCAAGGUGGUUUUCCACGACACGAAUCACCGAAAUUUGUUCAAAAAUCGGAUGAGGCACACGAUAAAGCUUCUUUGCCAGCUGAUAUUGCACUUCUCAAUAAAUAUAUUCAUCGAGAAGUCAAAAUGAUGAAGAAUGCAAAUGUUGAUAUUCAAAGAAGUGAUCCAACUUCACCACUUUAUUCCAUUGGUUCUUUUAGAGAAUUGAGAUUGUGAGUUUGAAAUAUUAUUCAAUUGUUCUUUAAAAAAAAUAUUUUUUUUCAGAAAGCCUGAAGUUUUGACUGCUUUGGAUUGUCUUGGUUUUGAUUUCCCAACAAAAAUUCAAGAAACUGCGUUGCCACUUCUUCUCAUGGAACCGUAAGAAAUCAUUUCUCAUUACGUUUUCCAAACCAAACUCUAAAAAUUCUUUCAGACCAUCAAAUCUUAUCGCUCAAGCUCAAUCUGGAACCGGAAAAACUGCUGCAUUUGUCCUGACAAUGUUGUGUCGAAUUGAUAUGGAAGUGAAAUGCCCUCAAUGUAUUUGCAUCGCUCCAACUCUCGAAUUGGCAAAACAAAUCGGUGAAGUUGUUACAAAAAUGGGUCAAUUCAUUCAAGGUCUUAGUAUUCAUUAUGCUAUCAAAGGUGCAAAUAUGGCAGAAAUGCGAAACAAAACAAUUCAAUCACAAAUUGUUAUUGGAACACCAGGAAUUGUGAGUUUUUUUUUCAAAUAUUUGGAUUCAAAAAUUAAUAUACACAAAUUUAGACUCGAGAUUAUUUGAUGAAAUAUAAAUGCAUUGAUCCAUCUCAAAUUCGAUGUCUCGUUUUGGAUGAAGCUGAUGUUAUGCUCUAUCAACAAGGUUUUGCUGAUAUCAGUACAUCAAUUUAUAAGUGAGUUUUGAAUUAUCAACUUGUUAUUAUUAAUAUCGAUUAAUUGUUUAGUCUGAUCGAGGAAAAAUCAAGUAAUGUUCAAUCAAUGUUGUUCUCGGCUACAUAUGACGCUCCAGUUAUUGAAUUUGCCACAAAAUUAGUCAAAAAUGCCAUCGUUGUUAUGUAAGUUGAAAUACUUUUGAGAAAUUUUCAAAACAAUUUUGGGAUAAAAAAUAGAUGAAGUUUCUAGUUUCGAUCCAUAAAUAUUCAUUUCUAGAAAAAAAUCAUAGAAUUAUGUCACAUGGUUUAAUUAUGGGGUUUGUGUAAAUUAACGGGUCAAUUUACAUGUGUUCCCUCUUUUUUUUUCUCCAUAAGUUAUUUGAAUUUAAUCCUCACAGUUGGAUAUUUUUCAAGUGUCUUUGUUGGUUUUCAGAAUAUUGACAUAGUUUUUUUGCAGGUUGAAAAAAGAAGAACAAGCACUUCCAAAUAUCAAACAAUUUUAUGUUGAAUGUGCGAAUAGAAUGUCGAAAUUCGAGGCAAUUGUUAAUUUGUAUAGUGGUUUAACUGUGGCUUCAUCAGUCAUUUUCUGCUACACAAAAUCGAGUGUCGCCUGGUUGUGUGAAAAUAUGCGAAUGCGUGGACAUCAAGCUGAUUGUCUUCAUGGAGAUAUGACUGUUGUUGAACGUGCUGAUAUCAUUACACGAUUCAAAAAUAACGAAUUUCGUGUUCUGAUUACAACAAGUGUUUUGUCGCGAGGAAUUGAUGUGCCACAAGUUUCAGUUGUUAUUAAUUAUGAUUUACCUGUGAAGUAUGACACAAAUAAUCAAGAGAUUGUUAUUGAUGGACAAAAACAACCAGAUUGUGAAACAUAUUUGCAUAGAAUUGGAAGGUAAUUUUUUGUUUAUUGGCGAGAGAUUUCCAACAAUUAAUUUUUUUGUUCAGAACUGGAAGAUUUGGAAAAAUGGGUAUCGCUAUCAAUUUUGUCGAUGAUGCCAAUACAAAAAAUAUGAUUGGAUUAUUGGAAAAUCAUUUCGGUUAGUUUGAAAAAAAAUAUUUUCAAGAGACUUGACAAGAAGUUUCUUUUUUUCCAGAAAUGAAGAUUGGCAAAAUGGAUCCAUCGAAUUUGUUGGAAUUGGAAGAAAUCGAAAAAUCGACAUACAUUCGUUGA